GCAGUUGUACACUGCCUGUCCAACUCGACCGGCGAAUCGGCGAUGGCCGGCGCGGCGCCUCACGUCAUGGUGCUGCCGUUCCCGGCGCAGGGCCACGUCACCCCGCUCAUGGAGCUGUCGCACCGCCUCGUCGACCACGGCCUUCGGGUCACCUUCGUCUGCACCGAGCCCAUCCGCAAGCUUCUUCUCGACGCCCUCGCCGACGACAAGAAGGCGCUGGACGGCAUCCGCCUCGUCUCCGUACCGGACGGUCUGGCCGACGGCGACAGCCACAGGGACCUAGGCAAGGUCCUGGCGGGGGUCUUGGGGCGCGUGCCGGGCUACGUUGAGGAGCUCAUCAGGGAGACGGAGGCGUCCGGGGAGAACAAGGUUCAGUGGCUCGUCGCCGACGCGACCAUGGCGUGCUGCUUCCAGGUCGCAAGGAAUCUCGGCGUCCGGGUCGCUUCCGUCUGCCCGUCGUCCGCGGCGUGCCUUGUCACGUCGCUUAGGAUUCCCCAGCUCAUACAUGAUGGUUUCUUCGACGACAAAGGCUUCCCGAAGAGACACGGGACGUUCGAGCUCGCCCCCGGUAUGCCGCCACUCCGUCCGACGCAAAUGACAUGGAACAUCGACGGCGCCCUCGAAGGACGUCGGGCAGCUUUCGAACUGGCGUUCGGGAUUGCUCAGGUGACCGACCUCGCCGAGAUAGUCAUGUGCAAGUCGUUCCACGAGGCCGAGACCGGGGCGUUCGAGCUGUGCCCGGACAUAAUGCCCAUCGGCCCGCUGUUCGCCGACCAGGAGCUCCGGAAGCCCGUCGGGCAGUUCUGGCCGGAGGACGCGAGCUGCUUGGAAUGGCUGGACGCGCAGCCCGAAGGCUCCGUCGUGUACGUGGCGUUCGGCAGCUUCACCAUCUUCGACCCGCGGCAGUUCCGGGAGCUGGCCGAGGGGCUGGAGCUCACCGGCCGGCCGUUCCUGUGGGUGGUGCGCCCGGACUUCACCUCCGGCGGCCUCAGCAAGGCGUGGUUCGACGAGUUCCAGAAGCGCGUCGCCGGCAUCGGGAUGAUCGUCAGCUGGUGCCCCCAGCAGCAGGUUCUGGCGCAUCCCGCGGUGGCAUGCUUCGUGUCGCACUGCGGAUGGAACUCGACGAUGGAGGGGGUGAGGAACGGCGUGCCCAUCGUGUGCUGGCCCUACUUCUCCGACCAGUUCGCGAACCAGAACUACAUUUGCGACAUUUGGAGGACUGGUUUGGACGUGACACAUGGAGACGAUGGCGUCGUGACCAAGGAGGAGGUGAAGGCCAAACUGGGCCAGGGCCACGUCGUCCCGCUCAUGGAGCUCUCGCACCGCCUCGUCGACCACGGCUUCGAGGUCACCUUCGUCAACACCGAGGUGGACCACGCGCUCGUGCUCGCCGCCAUGGCGCCGGACGGCGGCGCCGCGCUGCGCGGCAUCCACCUCGCCUCCAUCCCGGACGGGCUGGCCGACGACGAGGACCGCAAGGACCUCAACAAGCUCGUCGACGCCUACCCGCGGCACAUGCCGGCCUACCUGGAGGCACUGGUCGGGGAAAUGGAGGCGGCCGGGAGGCCCAGGGUGAAGUGGCUCGUCGCCGACUUCAACAUGGGCUGGUCGUUCGAGGUCGCCAAGAGGCUCGGCAUCCGGGUCGCCUCCUUCUGGCCGGCGUCCGCGGCGUGCCUCGCCAUCAUGCUCAAGAUCCCCGAGCUGAUAGAGCAAGGCGUUCUCAACGACAAGGGAUGGCCGGAGCGGCAGGAGACGCUGCGGCUCGCCCCGGGGAUGCCACCGCUCCACACGUCGCUCCUGCCGUGGAACAACGCCGGCGCCCCCGACGGACAGCACAUCAUAUUCCAGCUCGUGUGCCGGAACAACAAGUUCAGCGCCCACGCCGAGAUGACCGUGUGCAACUCGUUCCACGACGCCGAGGCCGGCGCGUUCAAGCUCUUCCCCAACAUCCUCCCCAUCGGCCCGCUCUUCGCCGACAAGGAGUUCCAGAGGUCCGUCGGCAGCUUCUUGCCGGAGGACACGAGCUGCCUCAAAUGGCUGGACGCGCGACCUGACGGCUCCGUCGUGUACGUGGCCUUCGGGAGCAUGGCCAUCUUCGACCCGCGCCAGUUCGAGGAGCUGGCCGAGGGGCUGGAGCUCACCGGCCGGCCGUUCCUGUGGGUGGUGCGCCCGGACUUCACCGCCGGCCUGAGCAAGGACUGGCUCGACGAGUUCCAGCAGCGCGUCGCCGGCACCGGCAUGAUCGUCAGCUGGUGCUCCCAGCAGCAGGUCCUUGCGCACCAAGCGGUGGCGUGCUUCGUGUCGCACUGCGGGUGGAACUCGACCAUGGAGGCGGUGAGAAAUGGCGUGCCGGUCCUGUGCUGGCCCUACUUCUGCGAGCAGUUCCUGGACCGGAGCUACAUCACCGACGUGUGGAGGACCGGCCUCGCCGUGUCCGCCGGCGAGGAUGGUGUUGUGACGAAAGAGGAGGUGAGGUGCAAGGUGGAAAGUGUCAUCGGCGACGCGGACUUCAGGAAGUGGGCUCGGCGGCUAAAGGACACCUCCUGGAGGUGCAUCAGCGAGGGCGGCUCCUCACACAAGAAUUUCGCUAGAUUUGUGGACCUUCUGAGUGAAUGAACCCAAAGCAUCCGGUAUCUGUUUGUGCAAUUAGUUUGCAUUAUUAUUUCAAUGAAAUUAAUUGUAUAUAACAUGUAUAUUUGAAUUUUUUUGAGGGUUGUAUAUUUGAAUUAAUGAUACUAUCAAAACUGAAAACAUAUAUGAUGUACUAUUGUAUAUUGUAAAAUAUUUAUUGUAUGUUGGGUUGGGUCUUUCCCACGUA